AUGGCCUCCCAAUCCCAAGGAGGCGAUUUCUGCCUCGAGUGCCGUUGGGAGGAUUUACAUAUUGAUACCAAGGACGUUGCCGAUUCGUCGGGCACUCAAUGUGAGCCCCAAUGGAACUGCACUGAUGCCGAAAAUCACACUUUGCUGGCCCGGUGCGAGGUCGACGAGGCCUGCUGUGAUGUGGACGAUUGCGCCGAUGACUGUCACCUAGACUGUGGAUCAAUGUGCGACGGGUUCGUGAACUGCGACGCCUCAACCGUCUGCUCCGUUGCUCACUGUGACGACAAUCAUUGCGAUGAUGACCACUGCGAUGACAACCACUGCGAAAGCACGGAUCCUGUCUGCUUCGAAGAUCACUGUUGCGACAGUACUAACGACCAAGAUUGCACGUUUGACUCCUUUUUUGGACUCAAUGCACCGCUCUCCCUGGAGACUUCUAGUAUCCUGCCGCUAGCAACGAUGAACCAUCAUCAUGCGAUUUACGAACCUGGAAAACUCACGGACCAUACAUUGCCAACUACCGUUGAUCCAUGCUACCAGUACGACUUUUUCUCCUCGUACCAGGCUCAUGCAACCCACUGCGACCAGAAUGUACCCAAUCAUUUCGGGUGCCAGGACUUUCGAAAGGACUGGGAGGGCAUAUGCACGCAUCAACACCAACCACUUCCCACUCAAACGGAUGUAAACCCGGCAGAGGUCUUCCACAUGCUUGGGAUGUGCUCAAACUACGCUGCCUGUCACGACGAACACCUCACGGGCCACCACCAAGAACCUGACCCGAAUCCCCUCGAGAAGCCGAAAGACGACCCCCUGAACUGCGUCCACCCUCCGCAUCAUCACGUACACAGCCAUUUCAAGAACCCUAAUGACCUCAACCUCCACGUCCGUGGCCCUCACCGCAACCAUCACCGAUGCCGAGUUCACCACUCCACCCAUUCUCACCCAUAUUCCCCCUAUUCGCGCCAGUCAAGGUCCAGUGUUAGCUCGCACUUCCUGUCCAGUCCUAGGGAGACGCCACCACCCUUGGAAAGGGAUAUAGCGUCUGUCCUGACGACGCCGGAAAUCUCAGCUGAAGACAGUGACUUGCAUGUCUGCAAGUGGGUAACGUCAGUUCACGGUAUCAAGGCUCCCUGCGGCGCUAGCUUUACGGAUUCCGGCGCUCUUCAACAUCACCUAGUCUCGUGCCACAUGGACACUAUCGACGGGGCCAAGGGGAAUGGCUACUACUGCUGCUGGAAAGGGUGCCAUCGCCCUGAUGAACCUUUCUCACAGAAGUCGAAACUCCAAGGUCACUUUUUGACACACAGCAACUGUAAGUUCUCCUUCUACGCCUAUGAGGAUAAAAACUUCAAGUGUUCUGUUUGUGGCAAAACCUUUGCGAGACAAGCAACUUUGGACCGCCAUGAACGAAGCCACCGGGGAGACAAACCCUAUAGGUGCAAAGUCUGCGGUAAAUCAUUUACUGAUAGUAGCGAGCUUAACCAACUGAAACGCCAUCAACGGACAACACACAAACAAGAACUAUCUUCAACAUUCCCAUCACCUAGCCCCGACCACUUUACACUCACACCCUUCGCCCUCGUCUCAUGA